AUGAAGCUCAAGGUUCAGUCCGUACCUCUGUCCAUGAAGAAGCUCCGGUCGAAGCUUCCUCGCCGGAAACGCCCUCAGAUAUCUCCGGUUCUCUUGUUAACUGCGACUGGAGAAGUUUCGGGCGAUUCGAGAAGAGUUUCGGUGAAGAAGAUAGGUUUUGAUGCAUUCAGUGCAGGAGAAGAGUUUCGGAGAGUUACCAGAUCGUACUACAAGCAGAAACAGAGUGAGAAACGAAACUUUGGCGAUCGUGAAGUUGAAUUGUCGGAAACGUCUUGUGUUGAAUCAUGUUCUGGAGCAUUUUUUGAAGUUUCUGGAGAGAGAAAUUCGAAGACGAAAAGUAGAAUUGGAAAAGGAAUCGAAAAUGUAAAGGAAAUUGAACGAAUAGAAGAAAUUUCCAGCGUUGAGCAAUUUUCCGGCGAAAUGUUUAAAUCUGGAGCAGAGAAAGUGAAACGAACUGAAUAUUCACUGGAUAUCAAUCAAAACGAAGUCUCUUCAGUAGUUUCUCAAUUGAAUUCCUACUCGCCGUCUCAGCCAAAAUUUGGAAAUGUACGUGAAAACAGAGUAUCUGGAGAUGUAGUAGUAUCAGAAAUUUCGCGAAAUUGCGCCGAGUCGAAUUUGAAAAUUUUGAACUCAGAAUCGAGUGUAAAACAGAUUCCGAAAUUGAUUGCAGUCGAUUUUGAUCUCGCUUGCUCAGAGCAGAUAUCGUACUCGUAUGAUGACGUUUCAUGCUAUCCGUCGGCUUUUACUGAGCUCCAAUCGGAUAUUUUCCAUGACAGUUCAUUCGAUUUCUCAGACGAUUACAGUUCGUCCAUUUGGUGUGACUCUGGAAGCCAAUUCUCUGAGCGAUCAAUCGAUGAUUCUAGUCCUUCACCUACGUUCCAGCUGUUCCUUCAGUUCCGCCAACAAUUCUGCAGAUCAACAUGUCCGGUUACGGCCUCCAAAUUCUCUUCGCACCAUGAGGAAGAUAAUUGUGAUCAGAACUUCGUAGUAAUUUCUUUUCACUCUAUUCAUUUCCUGUCGAGAUUUGAAGAAGAAGAGCACGAAGAGAGCUACAAGAUGAUGAGAGAGCGAGAGAGGAGGGAAGUGUAUCUCCACGACUAUGCGGAGGAGUACUGCUCCAGCACGGACCGCGGCGAGCUCGUCAUUCAGCAACGGUUACAGAUGGUCCACUGGAUCGUUGAGGAGUGCCCUACUGGAACUGCUCUAUCAUUCAUGUACUUUCCUCGAAAAUCUGAUGAAUCAAAAUUUGACAAGUCCUUGCAUUUGGGAGAUGGGGAAUGGUUUGCAGAAUCAGGGGAAUAUGUACCUGUGUCAUGGGAAUCGAAAAUCAAUUUAGCUUGGUGGCCUACAAUAAUUGACUAUUCAAUUAACGUUGUUGCAUUAGUUCUACUGAUUGAUUUGUCUCUUCUACUCUUCAAAUCGAUCAAGCAGCAAUCUACUAACAAGGAGUUACAAAGGGAGACAAUGUUUCUGGGUGUUUGCCUUCUGGACCGAUUCCUCAGUAAAGGAUACUUCAAAACCAAGAGGAAUCUCCAAAUUGCUGGAAUUGCUUGUCUCACUCUGGCCACCAGGAUUGAAGAAAAUCAGCCCUUCAACAGCGUGCGCCAAAAGUCAUUUUACAGCGGAAGCAAUGUGUAUAGCAGAUGUGAGGUGGUAGCCAUGGAAUGGCUGGUGCAGGAAGUCCUCAACUUCCAAUGCUUCUUGCCCACCAUGUACAAUUUCUUAUGGUUCUACCUCGAAGCAGCAAAAGCUAAUCAAGAGGUGGAGAAGACUUCAAAGUACCUGGCAGUGUUAGCUCUGCUGGGCCACGAGCAACUGUGCUACUGGCCCUCAUCUGUAGCUGCUGGCUUAGUAAUCCUUGCAUCCCUAGCGGCCAAUCAAGAUGCAUCCUGCCAACUGGUAACAAAGAUUCAUGCCAGAACAAAAGAUGAUGAUCUACCUCAAUGCAUAAAGGUAUGCAAUAACACCAUGCCAAAGAACUCUCUCAUUCCUAUUUUUUCUCAUAAUAAAAUUCCCUCCAAGAUCCGUGGUGGAAAUAAGUCAAUCAUGGUCACUGCUAGUGCACCAGCUAUUACAUAUGCUAGCAAAGAAGAAAGAAAGCACUUGACCAACCUUCCUCAGGAUUUAUUGAAAGAAGUGGAGAAACAGUUUUCAUAUGCUGAUUAUAUUUGGUUUUCUACUGUCUGUGUGCAUUGGAAAUCUGUGCAGUCGAAUAGGCCCAAACUGCGAGUUUGCCAAAUCCCUUGGCUAAUGCUACCAUCUAAUGAUGAUCAUGAGAUGUAUUCCAAUGUGUAUGGCCUUCUUGAGAAGAAGGUUUUCCCUUUGGGGCUACCUGAAGCACGGGCGGGGAGGCCUGAUGAAGAAUAUACUAUUGUUCGACCAGAAGGAAAUCCAAGUACUGUUUAUCUUGGCAGGACAUUAACUUUCUGCAAACAUGGUGAUGAUGGAUGGACAUCUGUCUCCUCAACGUUGAAAUGCUUCUCGGAUAUUUUGUUCUAUGAGGGAAAAUUCUAUGCUGUAACUUACAUUGGUAAGCUUGUCGUUUGUGAUGCUGAUUGCUUGCCAACUGUUGUAGAUAUCCAGGUAAAGCAGCCAAAACUUACUCCUAGUUUUAGGUUAUACCAUGUUGAGACUGCUGGAGGGUUAGUGCUAGUGGAAAGGUGUUAUAAGGGAAGAGGUCUUGAUCUUCUGGAUUACGGAGAGGUUUCCCACUACAGAACAAUUGGAUUCAAGAUAUAUAAGUUGGAUACUAGAAAAAAUAAGGCGCAGGAGGAACUAGUGCUUCUUGCUCACAUGCCAUCUUUUCUUCCCAGCAACAGCUUUGGUGACGCCAUAGCCACAAAGAGUUUAUCAUGCUGA